UGAGUUUAAUGGUUUAUGUUCCAGACCAUGAAGUUAUAACACUUUAAUGUGAAAUACUGAGAGAUAGUGCGAUAUAAUGCAUAAUUCUUCCCGUUGAGUGCCUGAAUGUUUACUUAUUAGUUGAACCCGGACAGGGUUGUUGACAUGAAAUGCCAAGUAAUGUCAUGCAGUAGGACCAAUCCUUUGUCUACGUCACACGCGGAAGUGGUGGCAGAAAUCGUCCGCAAACAGAAAACUAUUAUCGGAUUCCGUUGUUGAAAAAUUAUUUUGAGGGUCCCGUAGAUGGCUGUGGCUUCAAGACAUCAACAGAGCUGACUGGACUGAGGAGAUCAUUUAAGCUGACGUCUUUGCAGCAAACAUUUAUAGCGACAAUAUUACAGAUAUGUUAUUAACUCAUCAUUAUAAUAAUUGUGUAGCUAAUAAUAUUUGUGUAUUUAUGAUGGUUUUGUGUCGUAUUUUCGUUUAAUCGUCUAAUCUGUCAAAUCUAACACAACAGUCUAACGGCUUUCUGCCACCGCGUACUGCGCAUGCGCUGAAAUCUUUGUAAACAAUAGGAUUGGUCUAUAUAGACAACUUCAUCUAAAACAUUUUCUCAUUCCUGUAUGAUUAUUGGCCUAUACAUGCAGGUUAUGAUCUUUAUAAUAAUUGAGAGACUAAAUGGUGUAUUUGUUCUAUUUACUAUUGUUAUUAUUAUUAUUAUUGUUAUUAUUAUUAAUUGAUCAAACCACAUGAUUAUUUAGGCUAAGUGAACUGUAAAUCAGCUACUAAAAGGUGAUAGUAUUUAAAAACUUUCAAAAAAUGGUUAUCAGUUUCAGAACUUUCAAUAUACACUUUACCAUGCAUUAUUAUGUACAUUUUACUCUAAAAUCGUGAAAAAAAAAAAAAAAACGGUUUGUGAUUUGUCAACUACAAGGGUUCUACAGUCAUGGAAAACCUGGAAAUAUCACGGAAGUUUAAAUUGAGUUGUCUAGGCCUGAAAAACAUUUUUAAAUACAUGGAAAUAUCUGUGCACGAUGUCCGUUUCAGUACAGCAGAGAGAUGUGUGGUUCCCCCCAGACUGGGAGGAUGAUGAGCGUAUGGCUUUCUUAUUCUCUGCCUUUAAAGAAAACCGAGAUGUAGACUGUACAGACUGGGAUGGGAAGAUCGACUUCUGGAGCCCUCUGAUCAUUAAUCACUGCAGGCGACGCGGAUCAGUAUGUGUGACUCUGCAGGACCUAAAUGACAGUUUCAGAAGAAAGGGGACUGUACCUUUGGGCUUGAGUACUGUAAUUCAGAGCAUGAUCAGGAGUGGGAAGGUGCAGAAGGAAUCAGAGUAUGCUGCAAAUGUAGACUUGGGCUGGUUGUCAUGGGGUGUUGGACUCUUGUUGGUUCGACCUCUGAAAUGGACUCUGUCUGCUCUGCUGGGCAGUGGGAGAGUUCCUCUAGAGGAGUCGUUUGUUGUGAUAGAUCUGGUAAAAGAAAAGGCAGCAGCACUUUUGGCGGCAUAUCGGAGUUCUCCGUUAGCAGAGCGCUCUCUGCUGUCUUUCCAUGAGAUACGUGCUCUCUCCUCUCACAUCUGUCCUGAUGAAAGCACUCUUUGCAUGGCCCUGCUACAGCUACAGAGGGAAAAACAUGUCACCGUUUCACUCCAUGAGGGCGAAAAGCUGGUGAAAUUUAGUCAGACAAGGCAGGGCCGCGUGUCUCCCGUCAGCGAGGUGGACCUGGGCAUUUAUCAGCUCCAGCGCAGUGAGAAACUUCUGGAGGAGAGGGUGGAGGCGUUGGGACAGGAAGCGGAAAAGUGCAAACAACAGGCAAAAGCUCUGCUUAAAGAGGGGAAGAAAUCCCAGGCCCUGAGGUGUUUACGUGGAGGCAAGCGGGUGGAGAAGAAAGCAGAUCGUCUCUCUGCACAGCUUGAGACAGUGAAGGGGAUUCUGGAAAGGAUAGCAAACUCCCAAACCGAUCGCCUGGUGAUGCAGGCAUACCAGGCUGGUGUGGCGGCUCUAAGAAUCUCAUUGAAGGGUGUAACUGUGGAGCGGGCAGAGAACCUGGUUGAUCAGAUACAGGAGUUGUGCGACACUCAGGAUGAAGUUAACCAGACUCUUGCCAGUGGAGCGCUGGAUUCUGGUGGGGACUCAGAGGAGCUGGAGGAAGAGCUGAAGUCAUUAUUGGAGAAAAACGAUGUGCUACCGGAGGUCCCCACACAUGCUGUUUCUCCAGCAAGUAAAACGGGUAUCUCAGAUGAUUUUCUCCAGUCUUUGCCCUCGGUGCCUGAUGGCAGCCUAAGCAUCACAGACGAGGAGUUGGAAAGAGAACUAAGUCAGCUUUCAUUCUCUGACACAGCUGUGCAGAAAGGAAACAUUUCAGUUCAGAGGAGGCUCGAGCCGGCACAGUGACGUUUCAGUACAAGUAUCCACUAAAAUGGAAAAAUUAAUCGUUAUACAUUGAGAAAGCCAUUAAAUACAUGUGUCCAUUCAUUGUAACACGCCCUUAUAGAGCUGCUCAGGUUAUAGUCCAAAAACCCAGAAGUCUAAUUUGCCAUGGGUUCCCUAUGGAUUGUCCUUUUGGGUUUUUGAACUUUUGUAUAAAAUAAGGUCUGUGGUAAACAUUACUUGACGAUACGUGGAUGGUUUGUUCUACAACAUAAAUUCACGUUUUAGAGUUGACUGUGUGUAAUUGAUGUUGUAGAACAAAACGUCCAGGUAUCGUCAAGUAAUGUUUACCACAAACCUUAUUUUACACAAAGUCAAAAACCCCAUUAUAAAAACACAUAAGAAAAUCCGAGGGAUCCCAUGGCAAAUUAGACUUCCGGGUUCGCCUACAAAUUGACGUCAUGGCUGAACAGCUCUAUUCAUGUUUGUAAUAGCAUGUUUAUUUUUGUUUUUUAAACAAAGUUUUAAUAGUGGCCUUUUUGAGUUUGUAAAGUCUGUAAAAUGUAUUCUAAUAAAAAUGACAAAUUAUGAUGCCAAAUAAAAGUAUAUUCUUAGUGCAUAUUGUUUUGAGGAAUGAGAUGUACAGAGAGAUGUGGAUUUUAAAUCAUAAAAACAAUUGUUUAUAUCUGUAUGUUUUUUUUAAUGCAAAAGAGCAAGACGUGUUUAGUUGACUAGAUGCAUUCUAUAAUUUACCAAUAGGAAUUAUCUGACCAGCCCCUCAUUAUCAUAUUUGAGGAAGGAAUACAGAAAUAAAUGUAAGGAAAUGAAAGAAGAAAUAAUUAUAUAAAUACAGAAAUGUAUAAAUGCAGAAAUAAUUGUAUAAAUAAAGAGAAAAAUGCAAUGUUUUUCAAUUAUCAAGUUU